AGUUAUUCCCGCUAACUUUAUAAAACUUAAAAAAAAAACUGAAAUUUUAGUCCACAUAAACUAAAAGUACUCCCCUGCUAUACAAUAUGAAUCCAAACAAAUUCACUGAUAUGCCUUUCAUGAAUGCCGUUAGAAAAACUAAUGAUAGAAAUAGGAACUACGCUAUUGGCGGAAAUCAAUUGCAUCCAAGAGCUGAUGCGAGUAUUCCUGGUAUUCUUAGUUAUCGACCGAAGGCUGUGGAAAGAGAUUUCGGUCUCUCAAUUCCGAAAUGUCCAUUCGAUCCUAUUCCAACAAUUCCAAUAACGAGAAUUAAUCAAGCAGGAUCUUCAAUGUUACCAGCGAAACCUUUAGAUCCCACUAAACCAAUAUAUCUUGACACUAUACCAAAAUGUUCAUCUUUUGAGAAGAAUGUUACCCGGGAUUAUUCGCAAAAUAUUCCCGUUAUUACAAGGAAAGAUGUACCAAAACCUCAACAAUAUAUCGAGCUUGAAGAUUUCAAUCCCCGUGCAGAAGGAAAUUUAACAAAAACACCAAAGUAUUUCAAGGAACCACGAAAAGAUAAUACGAAGAAAUAUAUGUCUAGUGGUGUAUUGAAUAAUGAAUCGAAAUUUCCAACAAGACAAGAUCUUGAGAAAACUGCUAUUAUUACAGAACCAUUUGCUAGUUUGAUUAUAAUAUGCUGCAAACGCAUGAAUGAUUGGAAAUACCAAUGGAUGCUGCGUUUCUUCGAUAAUGAUCCUUCUUCAGAGGACGAGCAUGAUUUAAUUUAUGAAUGGUCUUUAAAUAACCCGGAAUUUAAAAAAUAUGUCUCAUAUGAAAAAGCAGAUUAUAUCUUCCUUCUCUUAUCACAUUUAUUUAAACUUAGUGACAAUGAAACUUGGCGUUUAUUCUUCCAAAUAAACUACACUACAGAUGAUAUUAAUAAUACCCAAGUUCUUUGGGAUUAUAAAUAUAAGAUCGCUAAUGACAUAAUUGAAGAGGUUAUAAAGCCUAAGAGAUCUGACAGGAAACUUAUUCCGAUUUUACAUAAAUAUAUCCGUGAUAUGUAUUCAAUAAAUUAACCACGGCAAAACAGGAAUGAUAACAGG